UGCCUGCCCCAGCCCCAGCAGCGGCCUUGCAUUUCAGAUGGUUUAAAAAUAGGAUAUGACAGCAGAGAUCAUGCAACGCAAACAGAUAUCAAAGAGAUACCAGAAUUAAAUGAGCUAGCGAUUGUUACGCAAGCUUUAAUCAAGCUCACUCAAUCCCUCCAGCAAGAUUUGUUCAUCUACAAAAGCACCAUUCAAGCACAAUAUGAAGAAAAAAUUGAAGAGCAGGCUUCAAAUCUCAGUAAAUAUGUAAAAGAUAGACUGACAGACAUUGAGUCUUUUCAUAAAUGGAAAGAAAUCCAAAUUUGUCAGAGCUACCAACAACAGUUAUGCGAUGCAUUGGCUGUUCUCAGAGGAAAUAUUGAGAAGUAUUACAACAUAAAUACAGAAGACACAGAAUGUUCACCAGGAAAGCUUUUGAGUCUUUUACAUAACAAACUGCAUGAGAAGGGGUCCAUAAUUAAAAAUCUGGAAAGAAAACUGCAGGAAUGUCAAGAAAAAGGAAGGGCUAAAAUGGUUGUCUUUGAAGAUGAUGACCGAAAAAAAAAGUCUGAAAAGGAGAGAGAGGAUUUCAAUGAAGAGGUUUUUAAACUGCGCAACGAGAUUUCUCGUCUUGAAAAUUCUCUGAAACAGUCUGAAAAAGAAAAAUAUGUAUUAGAUAGACAAGUUCAAAGCAUGUGAUUAAAAAUGGAAACUGAUCAGCGAACUAUUCAAAAGUUGACUGAAAUUCAAGAACAAAUGAAGGCAGAACUUGAAAAUGGAAGGCUAUUAGCUAAAAAUAUGAUAACAUGCGUAGCACCUGAGCAGCAAGCUGCUGAAAAGACCCUGACUGUAGAAAAUGAGAAGCUGAAGAAAUAUAAAGGUCAAGAAAGGCAAACCACAGCAAGAAAGGAAGUUGAGCAAUGUAAUAUGAUAUGGAAAAAGAAAUUCCAGAUUCUACAAAACAGCCUACAUGCGAUUAAGGACGAGAUGUUUCUUAGAUAGACCCUGCAACACCAGUUAAUAGCACUUAAAUGUACAUCUUUUGGUGAAACAAUGGUUUACCCUGUUUGUAUUGAAAAUGAUACAAAAGAUAUGAACGGAUCCAAAGCUGGUUUAUGUUUACCUUCAACUUCGCCCUCAGAGUAUUGCCAGUCUACUAAAGAGCAGGAAGAAGAAGACAAAGAUCAGUUUUCUAGACUUCCAAACACAACAAAAGUGGACGUUGUUUGUUGAUGAUGAUGAACAGAGGAAGACCAGAGCCUGCGAUGGUCCAAGCGUAGCCUCUGAAUCAUCCUA